AUGGCGGCGAGUAACUACUACAGCUCAGAGGGGGACGCCAACCCGCAGCACAGUGCUCAGCCUCUGAUGGCCCCUCCCCAGCCCUCUUCUGGAACAGGCCCUGCUGUGGGCCAAGCCUCUCCCCCAGCCAUCCUGGCAGGGCACAGUGGAUACCAGCAACACUUCAGCCAGGACUUCACUGAUAGCAGCCAGCCUUGGGAGCCCAGUCCUGUACCCACCACCACAGCCACCUACCAGGACAGUUAUAGCUACAGAUGGUCAGUGGCCACCAGCAGCUACAAAGACAGACAGUGCUUCCAGUCUGCUGCCUGCCAACCCCAGAACACGACCACAGACCUUCCAGGAACCUGUGCCUGUCCUCUAGAGAUUAAAGACAGCUACAGGCAGCCUAGCCUCACGGGUGGCCACAGCUAUGCUCAGCCCCCAGAAGUGCUCCCAGCCAAGGUCAGGCAGCCAGAGGGCACCUCGAUAUCAGGCUGUGUCUACUCUAUGGUGACAGGUGUCCAGUCCAAGACAUCCACCAUGACCUCCUACCCUGAGGCCUCCUAUGGUCCUACCAACGACCUGCAUACUGGUACAAACUACCCAAGCUGUGACAUGCUGGUUUACCCUGCAGCCCACCCUCACUGUCCUCCACCAUUGUCCCCCCAGACUCAGCCCCCACCUCUCCCAGGGCCCCCACAGCAGCCACCACCCAGGCAGCCUCCACUGCUGCCCAUACCCCCAGGCUCUGGGAGAAGCCCCAGGCCUGGUUGGAAGCCACUGUUACCCAAGAAGCUACCAAAGCACAAGGGGAUACCCAAGGAGCCCCAGCUUCAUUACUGUGACGUCUGCAAGAUCAGCUGUGCGGGUCCCCAGACCUACCGUGAGCAUCUGGAAGGCCAGAGGCACAAAAAGAAGGCAGCUCAGAAGACAGGUGUGCAGCCUGACAGCAGCCCACGUGGGAUUCAGGGACAUCUGCAUUGUGGCCUGUGUGCUGUGUCCUGCACAGGGCCAGACACCUAUGCAGCCCACAUCCAGGGUGCCAGGCACCAGAAGGUCAUCAAGCUGCACACCAAGCUGGGGAAACCCAUUCCAACCCUUGAGCCAGGGCCCCUGGCCUCAGACCACACCCCUGAGCCUAAGGACCCUGCCGGCCCCUGUGUGCACUUUCUGGCCCAGCCAGCGCUGGCAAGGAGACCGGUGGCCUCAAAGGCUUUGUGUGAGGGCCCCCUAGAGCCACAGGCAGCAGGCAGUAGACCCCAGGAGGGAAAGCCAGCCCGACCUAAAUCAGAGGGGCCCAGAGGAAUAUCCCCCCAAGAAGGCAUGGGACAUGCUUCCAGAGCCUGCUGUGAUGUGCAGCUGGUGGGGCCUGACUACGUAGAGGAGGUAUGCAACGACCAAGGGAAGGUGAUCCGGUUCCACUGCAAGCUGUGUGAGUGCAGCUUCAACGACUCCAAGGCCAGGGACAUGCACUUGGAGGGGAGGCGGCACCGGCUGCAGUACAAGAAAAAAGUAGAUCCUGAUCUCCCCAUCGCCAUCAGGCCCAGCCGAAGGGUUCGGAAGCUCCUGGAGGGCAGGAGGCGAAAGCAGCGGCAUCUGGUCAGGGAACGGCUGCAGGAGCUGCGGCGCUGGCAUGAAGAAAGGAGGCGGCUGGAGGAAGAGGCACUGACUGAGGAUAAGCAGAAGCAGUUGUCACCUGACUAUACUCUUCCUCCCCCUACGGGCGAGCCUGGGGCACCUGCCACUGCACUUCCGCCCAGGCGGCGGCCACAGUCUAGUGCCGACCGGCACGUGAUGAGCAGGCACGCCGCCAUCUACCCCACGGAGGAGGAGCUUCAGGCGGUGCACAAAGCUGUUUCCCACUCAGAACGGGCCCUCAAGCUGGUGUCCAAUGUGUUGGCCCAGGAGGAACUCAGAAGCCAGGAGGAGGAAGGCAGUGAGCACAGUGGCAAUGUCCCCUCGGCUCGGGUCCUGAAAGGUGUCAUGCGAGUUGGCAUCCUGGCAAAAGGCCUCCUCCUGCGCGGGGACAGAAAGGUACACUUGGCCCUGCUCUGCUCCGAGAAGCCAACACACUGCCUGCUACAGAAGGUUGUGGAGCACCUACCCCAGCAGCUCCUGGUGGUGACUGAGGAUAAGUAUGAGGUCUCUUCCAACCCUGAAGCCAACAUUGUCAUCACCUCCUGCCAGGAACCCAGAAUGCAGGUCAUUGUGUCAAUUACCUCAACCCUGAUGCGGAAGGACCUAUCCACGGACCCAGAACUAAAGGAGCUUCAGCCUGACCCAGGAGAUGUCCUGAGCCCUGACAAGUGCCUUGAGUCCCUGGCUGCCCUGCGCCAUGCCAAGUGGUUCCAGGCUCGUGCCAGCAUCCUGCAGCAAUGCGUUCUUGUCCUCAGGAUCCUGCGGGACCUCUGCCAGCGUGUGCCCACCUGGGGGGCCCUGCCAGCCUGGGCCAUGGAACUGCUGGUGGAGAAGGCCCUGAGCAGUGCAACUGAGCCCCUAAGCCCGGGGGAUGCUGUGAGGCGGGUGCUGGAGUGUGUGGCCACAGGGAUGCUCCUGACAGAUGGGCCCGGGCUCCAGGAUCCCUGCGAGAAAGGCCAGAAGGAUGCCCUCGAGCCCAUGACCCUUCAGGAACGAGAAGAUGUGACAGCCAGUGCCCAGUAUGCCCUGCGCCUGCUGGCCUUCCGGCAGAUCCACAAAUUCCUGGGCAUGGACCUAUUUCCCCAGUCCAGGUGCCAGCCUGGGGCUGGCUCCCAGAAGAGGCACCUGGAGCCAAGGAAGGCCGAGAAAGGCAAGGAAGGUGCAGGUGAGAAGAAGCAGUGCCAGCGGAAUGGAGAGGGGUUUCUGUAA